AUGUCAUUAAAUUCAUUUACUUUUGAUGAAUUUAUUCAAAUACAAGUUGAAGAAUAUAUACUAAAUGAAAAACGAAGAAUUGAAAAUGAAUGGAAAUUAAAACUAUUCAAAUUGGAGAAAAAAAUUGAUCGAAUGCAACAAAUACUUGAAACAUUACUUAUGUCACAAAGAAGUGAAGAACUGGAAUCAGAUAAAGAUUCAAUUGAUAAACAUUCUCGAUCACCUACUACACUAACACCUUUAAUUAAUAAAUUAGAGAAUAAAACUAAAUUUACUACACCACCACCACCACCACCGCCACCACCUCAUUCAAAGCUACAAAUUGAACAUAACCACAUUGAAGAGUAUUUAAAAACAAAUGAAAUACAUUUAUAUGAUCCUCCUAAAGUUUCGGUUCAAGAAUUUGCUAACAAUUUUUAUCCAGAGUUAUAUGAGACACCAGUGUUUCAUACCAUGCUGCAAAAUUCUCCUCCUCAUUCACAGUGCUCAAUUACAAAUUUAAGAAAAUAUGAAAAAAUGAAAAUUCCAAAGUAUGAAGAUGAUUCAGACAUUAUAGAACUUAAUGAAUACAAUAAACAAUUCAAACAAUAA